UGUCAUCCAGGAAUCUCAGCUCAGGGUGUCAUCGCAGACAAUGUCUAAUAAAGAAGUGAAAGCCGCACUGAAAAGUGCCAGAGAAGCUAUUAAAAACAAAGAGUUUAAAGAGGCUCUGAAACACUGCAAGACUGUUUUGAAACUUGAGAAGAACAAUUAUAAUGCAUGGGUGUUCAUCGGCUUGGCUGCCAGCGAAUUGGAGCAACCAGAUCAGUCACAAACAGCCUAUAAAAAGGCCGUGGAGCUGGAGCCUGAGCAGCUGCUGGCUUGGCAGGGCCUAGUAAAUCUCUAUGAGAAAACUGAUCAGUGGGAUUUUAAAGUUGAGUUGCCUAAUGUCUAUCAGAAGCUUGUUGAGCUGUAUGCAAGCUCAGACAAAAACAAAUGCUACGAGGUGAUCAAAAAGCUGUCUGACAUCUAUCAGUCUGACAAAGAAUAUUUAAAGCUGGCAAAGGUGUGGAUGCAGCUAAUUCAGCUAAAGGAAGAAGAAGCUGUGGAUAAGAAGGAGUUAGUGCAGUUAUUGCAACAGAUGACCCAGCUCCUCUCGGACUGCCUUAAUGAAGAAGAGCAAGACAUUGAAAUUCAACAGCAUUUAAUCACAGCAUUUGAGAAGGCCAUGGUUCUCAUGGACCCUAAACCAGGAGAGGAGCACCGGAAGGUCUCAGCUGACUACAUCAAAUGUCUUUCUACACUGCCAGAAGAAAAAGCCAAAUUGGAAGAGGCAUGCCAGUCCAUGCUGUCUCUCUACCCCAGUCAAAGCUAUCCUCUCGAGGUCCUUUGUUGCCACUACCUCAAAACGGGAAAUUUGAGCGAUAGCACGGUUAGCUUUUUUUCCCGGCUCCUGGAUCUGAACUCAAACAGUGGUUUCGGUCACUUGGGUCUGGGCACCAAAGCACUGCAAGAAAGGAGGUACAAAGAUGCCAUUAAGGACCUGUCACAAGGACUGAAGAAAACAAGCUCAACUACUGGCUGGUACAGUCUGGCUGAAGCUCAGUUUAAAAUCCAGAAAUACUCUGACAGUGCUACAUCGUGCUCCCAAGGUUUGAAGGACUGUGUUCCUGGGGACAAGGAGCUGAGGGUCAAACUGCUUAGACUGAAGCUGGAGGCUUUAGUGAGAAGUGGAGGAGAGAAGGCGGCUGACCAGGCUUUGGAGACAUUCACACAGAUUCCAGAGGCUGGGAAAGACCCGGUUUUAGUUGCUCUUAAAGGACGUGCAUAUCUUAACAAGGGAGAGAUUGAUCAAGCACUUAAGGUGUCAUCAGAGCUUGUGGCUUCCAACCCAAACCUGGCCCAAGGACUGAUACUGAGGGGACUGGCUUAUCUAGCUGAAGGCCAGCACCAGCUGGCAGAGCAGAGUUUCUUGAAGGCUUCCAGCCAAAGCCCAGAUUGUGCAGAGUAUUAUUUCCUGCUUGGACAACUGUACUGGGACAUGGGAGAAGAGACCCGUAAAGACCGGAGCAAAGCCCACACACACUUUCUUAAGGCUGCAAAGUUAGAUCCACACAUGGCCUGUGCUUUUCGCUACCUUGGCCACUAUUACCGGGAUGUGGCAAAUGAUUAUGGCCGCGCACAAGGCUGCUACAAGAAGGCCUUUCAGCUGGACAGUGACGAUGCUGAGUCCGGAGCUGCCUCAGUAGAUAUCAGCAUGGCGCAGGGGGAUAUGGACACUGCCUUAGCAAUACUCCAGUCAGUGACAGAAAAAGCCACUCCAGGCUCUGCUAAAUGGGCCUGGAUGAGAAGAGGCCUAUACUACUUGAAAGUCGGAGAACACCAACAAGCCAUAGCUGAUCUGCAAGCAGCUCUGCGAGCUGACCCCGAGGACUGGGUGUGUUGGGAGUGUUUAGGUGAGGCCUACCUAAACCGCCGAAGCUUCACAGCAGCUCUGAAAGCCUUUGGUAAGGCCCAUGAGCUCCAGCCUGGCUCCAUCUACAGUGUCUACCAGGCUGCUGCUAUCAAACAGACUCUGGGCAAGUUCAAAGAGGCAGUUGCAGAGUACUUGCAGAUCACAGCGCGACAGGAAUAUGUUCCCGCACUAAAAGGUCUUGGGGAGUGCCAGCUGUCUUUGGCAAAAAGUUUAAUGGAGGACUGCAGAGAUGGAAGAGCCAUUGACCUCAUUCAGCAAGCCAUACAGAACCUCUUCAGAGCUGCACAGUUACGACCAGACCUGUCCUGUCUGUGGAAGUUGCUGGGAGACGCUUGCACUGCGGUUAGCAUCGUGUCUCCAAACAGAGCUCUGGUUCUAGUGCCUGCCUUACUGGCUGGUUUAGAUCCCAACACACAGAGCCACAUGCUGAACCAGGCCCAGACACUCAGAGUUGGUGAAAGUUGCUACGCUCGUGCUUUAAAGCUAAUGCCUGAGGUCGCUAGCCUAUGGAGUGACCUCGGACUGAACUAUUACCACCAGGCCAGUAGCCAAACCUGUCUUAAAGAGGGAGACCAGAACUCUCCAUCUCUGCUCUUAGAGAAGGCGCAGCAGUGCUUGAAGAAGGCUAUCAUGAUGGACAGUGGGAACCAUAGCCACUGGAAUGCCCUGGGAGUUAUUUCCAUGAAUAAAGGUCUUGAGAACUAUGCCCUGGCUCAGCAUUGCUUCAUCAAAUCCAUUCAAGCGGAGCCAAACAACGUUGUUGCCUGGACAAACCUUGGUACCCUGUAUUUGAAGAAGGACAAUAUAGAGCUUGCACAUGAGGCCUUCAAGAUUGCUCAGUCCUUGGAGCCACUUUAUGUCAACUGCUGGAUCGGACAGGCACUGAUAGCAGAAAGGGUGGGAAGCUAUGACACCAUGGAUCUUUUCAGACACACCACUGAACUCAGCACACAUACGGAGGGAGUGAAAGGUUACGCCUUCUACGUUUGUUCCACCCUGCUGGAUAAGAGCAACAGAGACUCUGAACUGUACCGCUACAACAUUUUGCAAAUGAACGCCAUCUCCGCUGCUCAGGUGGCACUCAGCAAGUACACAGAGAGGAUCCAGUCCGAUCCUGACGCCUUCAUCAUGCUGGGCUACCUUAAUGAGCAUCUGCAGCUGAAGAGACAGGCCUUACAGGCUUACCAAAGAGCUGUUGAACUGCUUCAGUCCAUGUCCUCUUCAGAAGUGCUGGCCUUUUGUCUGGGAAGCUAUGGCCGGUCGUUGUGUACCUCCGGCAACUGGGAGGAGGCUGUCCAUGCUUAUAAUUCCACUCCCCUGCAGGAGCUCAGUGACCUGGUUGGGCUAGCUCUGGCCUACUGCAGGGCGGGACUCUUCCCAGAGAGCACCAGUGCCUAUGAGCGAGCUUUGGCUGUAGCAUCCAGCGAGAAGGAGAAGGCUUAUAUAUUGACAGCCCUGGCACUGCUGCAGCACCGACAGGGAAACCUGGACUCAGCCAAGACUCUGCUGUUUAAAUGUUCAAUGUUAAAGGAGCCAAUCCCAGAGUCUCUGGUGUGUUUGUGUGCGCUGGGAUUGGUCCGCGGCGAUGCUACGCUAGCAGCUGCUGCCCUGACGGAGCUGCUAAAGCAAGGUUCAGCCUCCGGGAGCGUUGUGGAACAACGGUGCCUACUCACUUGCACAUUGCUGGGCCUGCAGGGCAACUACAGUGCAGUACAAAGAGAGGUUUCCAGAGCUGUUCACAGAAACCCUGGAAACCCAUCCCUGUGGGCCCUUCUGUCCAGAGUGGUACCACAAUAUUACCCCAGAAAGGCUAAUGGUGGUGCAGUGGCAGGUCAUGUUGCGUGUCUCUCCAGUAUGACCCAAGGAAAGAGGGCGCUGUUGUACAGUGGAGUGAACCAGCUGGCUGGUGGGAGACACUCUGGAGAGGACAAUCACAGGAAUGCUCUGAAGACUAUGCAGAGAGCUGUGGUGCUUUGUCCUGAUGAUCCAGCUGCUUGGGCCGGGUUAAUGGCCGCCUGUCACACUGAAAACACUUGCUGUUAUCUGUCUGGUUCUGCUCCUCGCAGACGAGGACUGGAGCAAAUCCUCAUGUCAGUGGUUUCUGAGAAAGUGCGCAAUGUGGAGGAGAUCGAGCGGCCUCUUGCCCAGUCUCUGGAAGCCUGGGUGCUGCAGCAGGCAGUGAGUGGUCUCGUGUUGGAGGGACAGCUGGAGCCAGCGGAGGCCCUCUGCACACAGGUGCUGAACGUGUCCCCUGAACACCCAGCAGUGAUGCUGUCACUGAGACAAGUGCAGUGUCAGCGCCUCCUCACGCCUAAAGGUGGUACUGUCCUCCCGGACCCUGUGCUGGAGCAGCUCAGCAACGCCGUGAUAAUGAACCCCACCAACCUGGGGGCAUGGCAUUGGUUGGCCGAGGUGUAUCGUAGCCAGGGGCUGCUGGUUCAGGCAGUCAUGGCGUACAGGCAGAGUCUGCAGUUAGCCUCACAGCUUGGUGUGCACAGCUGCCAGGUAGCCAGCCUGCUCAGACUAGCCCUGCUAGCUCUAGGACCUUGUAUGGCGGGUGUCCCAGGAAACGACUGGAAGGACCUGGUGCUAGAAGCCACUACAGAGGUUUUGAAGCUGGGCUCAUCCCCUAUGGCCCUCCUUUUCCAGGCCCUGCUCCAAUUUGUGACCAAGAUGGCUGCUAGGGAAACCAGACGUUCGCUGGAGAAGUUGGUGUACGUUCCCUCUCAAGACUUCCCAGUGACGGUGGUGCAGGUGGCCAGCUGGUACCUCCUCAGACACUUGCACGCCAAAAAUGACCAGGAACUCAUGAAUGGUCUUUUGCAACAUGCCAAAGUGAAUGAAGAUCAAAGACUGCUCGAGUUUCAUUCCCUGCUUGCCUCUCUUUCGUCAUGAAUUAUGUAAUACAACUGCAUUAUGAAAUUAUGUAGCUUAGCAUGUUCAUUCACAGGCCACCACACCACCACCGCUUCAGCUCUUCUGGGUUUGUGAGCCAAUAUAAACUCUUAUAACGCUGGACAUUUAGGGUCUGAUAUGAUAUCGUCUUUAUUUCCUUCACAUGAUUAUUUUUACAGUAUUCAACAAAUAUCAAUAAUGGCUUUAACACAUUGCAAUCAUCACCAUACUACAGCUGAAAUAAAGGUGUUUUGCUCAAA